UCUGCAACCAUACAUACGAAAUUAUUUAGUUCCUUCUCCUGUCUAUCUAUCCAUCCAGCAAUAAUUUAUCACUCCUUUGUGCCCACCAACAAAACUGGGUCCAGAUAAUAAUCCAUUCCAUUUAUUGUGCUGAGAUUUGAGAGCCCAUUAUUAUGCAUUCAGGAUUCAGAAUCAGAUCACGAACAGUCAGGUCAGGUUCAGUCCAAUCCAGUGUAAUGGACAUAAUUGAGAAGUAGAAUCGCAGCAGGGGAAAAGAAAUAUGAAAAAUGCAGACAUUUUGCACACUACAACGGCAUUUAUGUAUUAUCCAAAGUCCGGGAGUAAACUAGUUUGCGAAUUAAUUUUACAUGAUUUUAAUAGGAAGUUGCUGAGCAGGCUGGAUGGUUUUAUGUGGCUUGAAAGAAAUUAUUAUGAUCAGGACGUGAUUCAUGAGGGUGAUUCAUAAUUUAAUGAAAUCGUUGCUUUUUUUAGGAAACCCUGCCAUAUUUCUGCCAUGCCACGACCAACAUGUUUACAAACGAUUUGUCACGAAACUCCAAACAAUUCUUGAAAGUUGUAAUGUAAAAUCAAUAACAAUUAACAUCGAACAAUGGCGUGUGCCUGGCAAGAUUAUUGCACUAUUAUUGAGCCAUCAUAUUUACUCCUUCCUCUUUUAUGCCAUUUUAUUUUUCCAUCUCAAAACCCACACCGUCAUCCAAACGGUAAAAUUAAAAUACAAACAAAAAUUAUGGUCCGCCUCUUCGGAGUUUCGACCAUUGUCCUGGUCGCCACUACGUUCCUGAUAGCGUACAACUUGACAGAAUUACUGUUUUCGAACUGUUCUGGUCGCGGAGACGAUGGGGGACGUCUUGCCUCCCCCACGCCCAAGUUGGUCAAUCCAUUUUGCAACGGCUCAAUGGGGAUGCGUCUCGGAAUCAUUAUUUUGCAGAAUAUUUUUAAUUUAACGUCAUUCAUCGCCUUCUACAUGGCUUGUAUCAACUGGUGGUACAAUUAUGAAAUGGGCGUCCUCAUGCGGCACGUUUUCGUCAUGUGGAGUUUUGUCUGGAUUAUGGCGUGCAUCGUGGGGGUGGGGUUGGCAUUCUCCACCGUGAUUUCAGACCCAGUGGACAACGAGAGAGCCAUUUUGUACGAAACUUUCUCCAAGCAUUACCGAAAUUGGGAAUAUAUUCGUCAGCUUGAGUGGUAUCAGAAAGAGAAUAACUGCUGCGGAAUUUUUGGUGCGGAUGACUGGCUGAUUCCCCAAUUUAGACUAUCACCUUCGCAAAUGAUUGGAAGAUUUGCCGACUUUAACUACGGCUUUCGAAAUCCACCCACUGGAAAGUGCCACCUGUCCCUAGACAAGUUCAAGACACCGACCGGAUGUGGGGACGCCAUUUUGAAGACGUAUCACCUCAGCAUGUUCAACUAUGGGGCAAUUUUAUUCGUCCAAGCGUUCCUCGGUCUCGUGGCGGCGUACUUGGCCGGAAAAGCCUUUCUGAGAAGGGAUGCCGAGAAAGUGAGUGAUGUCGAGAUACCAGAAAUUCCAAUUAAUAAUAUUAGAACUUCAGCUGCGAAAUGAAACGAAAUGGAAUUUGUCAUGAUUUUUUUUUGUGGAAUUUGAAAUCGCAUUUCAAUAUUUAUCAUAGAGCAAUAAAAAAGAUGUAAUAAAUUCAUUUGACAAGA